UCCAUUUUCUCUCUCUAGAUUCACUAACACAGCUUUAUUGAAUUUCUCUCACUAAGUUCUCUAGCACGCAGCUGGAACUCUCUCUCUCUCUCUCUACCUAAUUGACAUAUUCUCACUAUGUAAAAGGGUGAUAUAAUUCAGCCUUGUGCUAGUCACAUUUUUCUCUCGCUAAGGGACAAAGAUUUUUGUCACCAGACACUCGUUAUCACAGAAUUUUAAAGCUUACCCAUUUUUUAUAUUUAUUUACCAGAUUUCUUCAAAUUGAAAAUCGAGUAGGAGAAAUUUCUCUCAUUUUUCUUGUAAUCUUCUCCUUAAAUUUGCACAUACAACUUUCUUUGGUGAGUAUUCAUCCCCACCAUCUAUCCUAAGAAUGAAUGGUGGAUGUCUCGUCCGUGCAUCGUAUAUUCCUUUUGAAACAGACAAAAUUGCACCCCCUGAUUACGCAUCCAAUACGGACCACGAACACCGGUGAUAAAUCUUGUGCAAGAGAGGCUGCUAGUUUUGUUCUAGAAGUUUCUCUCUCUACCUUAAACAGUUAAACCCUCAGUCUUCAAAGCCCAUCCAUCUUUGCUACUUAAACCCUGAAUCCAUAAUUUAUCUUGUAUCUCUCUACUUUCUCUCUCUACCUUAGUCUUCAAAGCCACUGAGCACUCCAUUUGUGCUUUUUAUCUCUUUAUUCUCUCUCUGCCUUAGUCUUCAAAGCCAUUGAGUAUUUCAUUUGAGUUUUCUUUUGAUAUUGUAUAAUAGAUCAGUGGUUUUUUCUCUCUUCCUCUGCUCUGAAGGCUAUUCCUAAUAUCGAGAUGGCCCUUAACAAUGUGCCAGUUCCUGUAUCUUUUGUUUCUUAUUCUAAAACAUCAUUUACUCGUACCCCAACAUCUGUGUUUCCUCUGCUUGUGGAGAAAAGCCCAAAAACUUUUGCAGCAAUGAAGAUUAGUGGGAGGUUUGGAUCAAGCAAAGGAGGAGCAGUCCUCUUGGAGCGCCCAACAUUCGACCAGUCACAGUUUGAUCCUUCUCUCAGUGUUGAAGAAGGAGGAGAGAUGGGGAGGCUUUGUGAUAAAAAAGGUCCAGGGAGUGGAGAUAGUUACAGAGUACUGCUGCUUGAUCAUGAACGCCAUACUGAAAAGCAAGUCGAAACCGUGUUGCCAAAAGUUGUACCAUCUGUUACUCCUGUUGAUGCGAGGAGGUGUUUCCAUGAAUCUCGACAGACUGGAGCUGGUCUAGUUACUGUAACUGUGAAGGAGCACGCCGAGCAUUACUCUCAGAUGAUGAUUCGUAGUGGAUUGAGAUCGGCCAUUGAACCGGAUAGUAAUGUGAUUUAGAAAGCUUGCAUUUGAAAGAAGUAUUCUAUAUUUGCUCAAAAAGGCAGCAGGAGAAAGCAGAUAAUUUUGCAGCUAGUAUCAGGCAGAACUCAUUUACUGUUGUAUUCUUUUAUAUCAAUUUUCAGAUAUUUGUUUCUGGUAGGUUAGACAAGAUUAGUUUCUCUUACUGUUGUUAUUUGUUUCAUUUAUUUUUCCCUGUAGUUUCAAUCCAUAGGGGCGGCACCAAAUGUAGAUGUCUAAAUUGAGAAUAGUGAAUGGUUAUAUGACAUUAGUUUGGUAUUUUGGGUUUUAAUGGCACUCAGGUUUGAAAA